AUUAACAAAUGUGAUGAACCCGUCACUGUAACGGCCUCCAUGAAUGUCCCGGAUCUGCCUGUCACGUGGUCUCACACCUACACCAGUGACGACAUCAUUGAAGUGCCCGGAUUUACUGUAUCUUUGCGUUAUAUUUCCGCUGGAGUGUACGUUCAAGUUCAACUCAAAGACAACGGGGACAGACUGCAUCUUAAGGCAAGUACCUUACGUAAAGCGACUUGUAACGUAGUGUGACCUCAAUUUUAGAAAGGACAUUAUGUGAUGUCAAACACUAAAGACCAUUGUUAUGGAGGUAAAGUGCAGGACAUACUUUAAAGGAGUGAAUUCAGGUACCGCAUAUAAUAGUUUAAUAGUUUAAAGUUUUCAUAUUGUUGGUGCGGUGCUUAUUUAGAUGCCGCGCCCUUUUGAGAUUCGAAUACGGUCAAGUAUUUCCAUCUCACUUAGCCAUGUGCUUUCUAUCAAAACAGAGAUAAAGACAGUAGUUUGCUGCCUCCAACGGUCAAGAUAGGGAAACCUUCGAAACUCGUUUAAACAUCCAGCCAAAGUUGUAAUUUUUUAACAACAGUGAAGAAAGUGAAGGAAUAUAUUUAAGAAUUUCAACAAUUGUUUUUAUUCCGCUAUUGUACAUUAAGAUUUUCUUAGUAGCGGGGCUCCCUCGCGGGCGAAGCGCGCGUGGGACAGAGCCCCAUACUCAUAGAGUAUGGUCAACCUCUUUUCGUUUGGUUGUCACGUGACUGACCGAGCGUACGUACGUACGUACGUACGCGUCUACAGAUUGUACGGGUAGGGUAGGGGAGACUAUCAAAAGGAAGGGAGGGGUGUCUCAGGCGUGUCUUGGCAAAUCCACAUCUUUUACAUUGCCCAUUCACAAUAUAAUCAAUUGACAGCUGUCAAAACAGGAUAGCCACUGACCAGUAUCACAUUGCGAUAUCGAGGGCUCAUGUGUCAACUCAUCAAGGUGACGUGAUUUAUUUGGAAGCUGUCCGCUGACCAGUUGUUUUACUAGAUCGCGAUCAAUGUUCAAUCUCAUACUUUCUAGCUAGUUUGAGAGCACAGGAAAACUGAUAAUGCACACAUCCAUUGGACAUCAAUGUUGUGAUCAAUUGAAAGCUGUCAAAACAGGGUAUCCACUUACCAGUGUCACUUGACCAUAUCGCGGGCUCAGGCGUUGACCCAUCGAGGUCAAGUAUUUUUUGAAGUAUCCGCUGACAAGUUACCAGUUUUCAAAUGAUCGCAGGCUCAAGUUUGAUUUUUUUUUUCAUUCGUAUGAAAUAUGUUUUGUUUUUGGGCCGCCCGACUAAAAUUUUGAUUUAAAACUGACCUCGGACCCGAAAAUUCAGCCAGCUGUUAUAGGCAGGGAAGACAGUUACUUUUGACUUUGCUCACCAUGGUCACGCGUUGGUCACGCUCUACGUCCAUUUUUUAUGCUCUGAUUGGUCAAAAUUUGACAGGUGAGUUCAUGCGGAAAAUUUAUGCAGCAUCUUGAAUCUUGUCUACUUUGACAAAGCUGAAGCUGACAGAGUUUUGUGUCAACUUGUGAUGUUUUUACCUGUCUUUUUCUACUGGAUGCACAAAAUGAAAUUCAGCUGCUAUCAUGAGUCUUCUGUUAUUCAUGGCUAGUUGGUUUUUGGUUGAGAAAUUAACACAUCACUUGUCAAAGUCGGAAAUCCGAUUUCGGAUGGCAUCGUUUUCGUUUUUCACCUUGCUUGCUGCGUAAACGUUGAAAAGUCUGAAGCGAUACCGGCCUUACUUGAUACCUUUCAGGAGCUGCAUCUCGAAUGGUAAGCUUCAGUAAUUAUUGUGUUUGAUGUUUGUUUUUUAUAUCUAAUUUAAUGAAGUCGAGCGAAGUUUAUGCGGCUAUGUAGUUUAUGCACGUUUGUAAGAUUUGAGACAAUUCGAUCUGACCAAGAAUCAGGUUUGAUAUUAGCCUGAAUUUCAUCCGAUUACUUCGAGUCAUUAUUACUCCCUCAGUAACGUCUGAAUCGACCGGCUGUUAAUGCCGUCCAGUGACGUCACUACUCCUUGACCUUUGCUUUAAUUCAUGCAAAAAGUAAAACACGAUUUUCAAGUGUCAAACCGAGAAAUAUCGUUUGGAAAUAUCUCCAUGAAACAGAACUGCUUUAUUUUUUUUUAAUUGUAAUUCAUGUUUAACGUUCAAACUAUCAAGUGCAUGCAGUACAACCGGUUGUGCUAAAUUCUAUAAUCAAACUCAGUCGCAAUCACGCAAUGAAAUAAACACACACACGGAACGCUUAGUUCCAAAACAGAAUGAUUUGCUUUAAUUGAAAAUAAGCCAUUUGGUCCUUAACGAAGAAAAAAAAACAAGGAGACAAGAAAGAAAAGCUAACAGAAUCAUUACACUUGACGGUAAAAAUAGCAAGAAGGUCGAAUUAUAACAUUGAUCUCAGAAAACUUUGCGUAAACAAAAUCACCGGCCGCCGAAACCACAAAGCGGCUCUAAAUGAAAAACCUACCGACUCUCUGCAAUGAUUCUUCAUUCGCAGUUCAAUUUAGCAUUUCAGUUUCGAAGACAAGGGCAAUUUUGCUGUUUAAGAUAAGAUUAAGCUUAUCGAAAUGUUUCAACGAAACGAAAGAAUGCCAAGGAUGCGAUCCAUUGAGCGACAAUCCCGCUAAAAUUUUUCAUAAUUAUACAUAAUUAUGCGAAUGCAUAACGAGCUGCAUGGUCUUAGCAACCAAAAAAACCCCUCAGUAUCCAGCUGAGAUAGCUGAGUAAAAGUCAGCUAUCUCAGCUGGAUACCCAGUAGCUUGCAACAUUCCCUAUUCCCUUAAUCUCUGAUCGUAUUUCGCAUCUAAUAUGAUAGAGGCGUCAAUGUUCACGCAAUCAUGUCAUCAUCCUGAGGCGACAAAUAAAAUUAAUUAAAAAUGCGGUAUCAAAACAAAAUGUCCGGAAAAAAUAAUUCAGUGCCUUCUAAAAAGAACAUUUUAAAGUCUGCGGUCGAUUUCAUUGCCAACGUGUUAUAUAUCCCAGAAGCGCUCAGGCAUAAUAACAUCAUGCUAGGACUUCUACCUGGGUGAACCAGAAAGGAUAUAGAAUAACUGCCUAAUUUUUUUUUCGGCUACGGAUCGAAACGCUAAACGUGUUAUAUAUCCCAGAAGCGCUCAGGCAUAAUAACAUCAUGCCAGGACUUCUACCUGGAUGAACCAGAAAGGAUAUAGAACAACAGCCUAAUUUUUUUUCGGCUACGGGUCGAAACGCUAAACGUGUUAUAUAUCCCAGAAGCGCUCAGGCAUAAUAACAUCAUGCCAGGACUUCUACCUGGGUGAACCAGAAAGGAUAUAGAACAACUGCCUAAUCAUGUUUCUUUUUCGGCUACGGAUCAAAAUAAUAGACGUGUUAUAUAUCCUAGAAGCGCUCAGGCAUAAGAACAUCAUGCCAGGACUUCUACCUGGGUGAACCAGAAAGGAUAUAGAACAACUGCCUAUUUUUUUUUUUUUUUUCGGCUGCGGAUCGAAUGCUAAACGUGUUAUAUAUCCUAGAAGCGCUCAGGCAUAAUAACAUCAUGCCAGGACUUCUACCUGGGUGAACCAGAAAGGAUAUAGAACAACUGCCUAUUUUUUUUUUUUUUUUUUUUCGGCUACGGGUCGAAAUGCUAAACGUGUUAUAUAUCCUAGAAGCGCUCAGGCAUAAUAACAUCAUGCCAGGACUUCUACCUGGGUGAACCAGAAAGGAUAUAGAACAACUGCCUAAAUUUUUUUUUUCGGCUACGGAUCGAAAUGCUAAACGUGUUAUAUAUCCCAGAAGCGCUCAGGCAUAAUAACAUCAUGCCAGGACUUCUACCUUGGUGAACCAGAAAGGAUAUAGAACAACUGCCUAAUUUUAUUUUUACGGCUACGGGUUGAAAUGCUAAACGUGUUAUAUAUCCCAGAAGCGCUCAGGCAUAAUAACAUCAUGCCAGGACUUCUACCUGGGUGAACCAGAAAGGAUAUAGAACAACUGCCUAAUUUUUUUUUUUCGGCUACGGAUCGAAAUGCUAAACGUGUUAUAUAUCCCAGAAGCGCUCAGGCAUAAGAACAUCAUGCCAGGACUUCUACCUGGGUGAACCAGAAAGGAUAUAGAACAACUGCCUAAUUUUUUUUCGGCUACGGAUCGAAAUGCUAAACGUGUUAUAUAUCCCAGAAGCGCUCAGGCAUAAGAACAUCAUGCCAGGACUUCUACCUGGGUGAACCAGAAAGGAUAUAGAACAACUGCCUAAUUUUUUUUUUUUUUCGGCUACGGAUCGAAAUGCUAAACGUGUUAUAUAUCCCAGAAGCGCUCAGGCAUAAGAACAUCAUGCCAGGACUUCUACCUGGGUGAACCAGAAAGGAUAUAGAACAACUGACUAUUUUUUUUUUUUUCGGCUACGGGUCGAAAUGCUAAACGUGUUAUAUAUCCUAGAAGCGCUCAGGCAUAAUAACAUCAUGCCAGGACUUCUACCUGGGUGAACCAGAAAGGAUAUAGAACAACUGCCUAAAUAUUUUUUUUCGGCUACGGAUCGAAAUGCUAAACGUGUUAUAUAUCCCAGAAGCGCUCAGGCAUAAUAACAUCAUGCCAGGACUUCUACCUUGGUGAACCAGAAAGGAUAUAGAACGACUGCCUAUUUUUUUUUUUUUUCGGCUACGGAUCGAAAUGCUAAACGUGUUAUAUAUCCUAGAAGCGCUCAGGCAUAAUAAUAUGCCAGGACUUCUACCUGGAUGAACCAGAAAGGAUAUAGAACAACUGCCUUUUUUUUCUACGCGUCGAAGUUCUAAACUUGUUAUUCUUAGAAGCGCUCAGGCUUAAUAAUAUGCCAGGUUUCCAGCGACUGAUUUUACCUGAUUUUGCGGUGCGCAAGAAUGGAUAAUUUACCCGACUUGUAAACAGAUACUUCCUUCAGCCGAUUGUGUCUCAUGCAGGAGAAUGUCAUGUCUGCGUUGUUUUGUUUCUACUUUAUCAAAGAAAGCUUAAUAGGAAGAUCGCAAUUUAUACUCUUACCAACUAUAAAUUAGGGCUGACCUUGAAGACGCGUUGAAUUGUGCCGCCAUCCUUCAAAAUAUAAUCUGGCUGCGUUUAGGGAGACAAUUUCCUCUUCCAUCCAGGUUUACUUGGUAUAUGUGUUUGCGAGAAUCUUCAGACAAAGAAUUGGGUAUACACUAAUUCGAAUGGCUUGGCGAUACUAAGUGCUUAAGUCUACUUACCGAUUACAACAUGUUUUGGAAGUAUUGAGAAGCGCGCCAAACGAGGUUGUCACAGCGUUCUCGAGCGAACACGGCGCGACCUGGAUUGAUAAAAUUACUAUUACAUGCAGCUAUCAUGCCAGUGAUUUCUCCUUUCGUCGCAUAGUGAAUAGUUUGUGAGCACAUCCUCGACUCUCGAAACAUUUGUCUUGCGCCGCUAUAGAAGUUGCUUCUCCCGCGAACCAUAGGUAGAUUUCCCGCUUAAUCUGAUGUUUGAUAAUUUAUGCAAAAGUUGACCUCGUGAAAGUCAGCAGUGCAUUAAUCGACUCAAAAAUAAACAGACUUCCUACAGGGUUUUGAACACGGUUUUAAUUAAAGUACUUUACGAGCGCUGCGGUAGUUGACCGCAAAAGUGUUACGGUGAUGGAUAUUCAACUGGAUGAUUGCGUCACUUCAUAGCAACCAGACGGUACGAAUUUUUUAACUUCCGGAGCGCUGAGGCUCGUAGUGUUAGACAAUCAACCAAUCAAAAUCACUACCAGGUUUUCGGGUAGUGAGUGACGUCACUGGACGGCAUUAACGGCCGGUCGAUUCAGACGUUGUUGAGAGGAGAAAACGACUCGAAGCAAUCGGAUGAAUUUUAGGCUAGUUUGAUAUAAGCUUACACAACUUUAAAAAGUCUUUAGACAUUUUCUCACCGCAAAUAGAAAGAAAACGUUCCAAAGAACAUUUAGUUAUAAUUCUGGCUGUAAAAGUAAGCUUUGAGCGAUUUUCUUGUCUCGAGUUCAUCUUUGAAAAAAGUAAACUUAAGCUUUAAGCUUGAAGACUCAGUAUUUUUAGAGACACUUUGAUACUUGUCGUCGUGAAUGAAAAAUGUUGUCGCUGUAUAUGUUUCACCGAAUUAUAUUUCUUUUAUUGAUCGUUGGUAGUCUCUUUUGUAAUUUUAAUCGCUGUGCCGUUUGUUUUGAGUCGUUCAGUGAACAUCGCUUGCAGGAGUACUCAAAAUGCUGGGCGUAUCAAACGCUUUUAAAGAUUACACAUCCAUAAAACCAUUAAAUAAAACAUAAACAUAAUAAUUUCUUUAUUAUGUUGGAGCUUAACUCUAGUAUGUUCGUUCAAACAUUCGCUACAGCUCGCACUGCAAAAGUGAGAACCGGCUGGCCGUAUAUGUGAUUUUGGAAAUUUUUUUAACGGUUUAGCUAAAACGGCCCACGCGUGCUUCGAUCGUCCUGAAUAUUGAAUGAGUGCAAUUUGUGUUGCAAAAUUGUGAAAUAAUGCAUUCUGUCCGAGGUCUGUAUGGUAAAAACAGUACCUCAUAGUACUGUUUAACCUCGGAUGUGAUGUAUAAAUGGUAUAAAAGGUUGGUUUACACGCAACCAGAUUUGUUGGCAAGAUUAAUCUGACGGUGAUUGCUAUUUUUUGGGUGUACAUAUGAGGUUAUCAACUCGAUGUAAGAUUUUGUUCACUCUUGGGCUGUUUGCAAAUUAUUUUUCUCUAAAAUCACUUAGCCUUUCCCUCAAAAGUCACAUGAAUGUGCUAUGUGCUCUAAAGUUAACUGAAUUGUGGAAUACAAGUUUAUUGUUUGAUUUAAAUUAUAAAUAUAUUAAUGGGAGCCUGGCUUUUAGCCCUGGCUAAAUCUAUAUAUUAGGCAUUUAUUAAAGGAUUUUUUUCAAUAAUGUUUGUUAUUUUCUUUAGAAGACCACUUUUUCGUGAUAAGGAUUCCGUGGUUAAAUAAAGUUAUUACUUACUUACUUACUAUUCUAAACUUUGGCCAUAAACAAUUUUAUGAUCAAAAGACUGAAAAUAUUCUAGAACAACCCAGCAUUCAAUGCUAAUUCAAGUUCAUUAUCGAUUUUAAUUUAAACUAAAGUGAAAAUUUGAGCGCUUAGUGACACACACCCAAAAUUAAUCGUUUAAACUAGUCUAAGCCUUCUGGAGAGGGAGAUUCUGCCAGCAGGAAAAAGAAAAUCAAUAAGUUCGAAACAAUUCGGUUUUUUUAUAGGUGAAGCUACUGGCCGGUGCAAAAGCGUUGGACACGGGUCUUUAUCCUGUGAAAGUUACUGUGGUGGAGGGAGACUUACCAAUUUCAACUAACGAAUGUGGUGGGUACACUGAUCAUAAUCAAAACUAGAAAUGUAUGUAAUGCAUUCUAGAACUCGCAAUAGUUUUUACGCUAACGGAACACGGUAAUUCUGCAUUAAAUUACCUUCAAUUAACCUCGAGCCCUCGAGCCCAAAUUUCCUUCCCCUUGCCUUUCGAGCGUCUGCCACGCAGGCUAUCAUUUAACUUUCUUAUAUGGCACAUAUAUAAUUUCUGUUCAUUUAUCAGUUACCGAUUGGCCAGCAAAAAGUGAAAUACUAGAGAAAAUAUUUUCAAGACUGUUACCGACUCCGCGGAGAUGACCAUAUGAUAUUGAAAAUGUUAGCAGUUCUGGAGCAUUAACGAAAAGGAACGAUACCCAUAAAUUUUAGGGUUAAAAACACAAUGUGGUCUUUUAGUGUCUGCAAGGAGAGAAGAUUUUUACCAGGUCUAUAGAAGGACAAUGGGUCACAUAUUAAGACGUAGAUGUAAGGAAGCCUAGCCAUAAAAAAUUUAAAGGUAUCAGAGUGUAUCUUAAAAUCAACGUGCUGUCCUGCAGGCAGCCAGUACAGGUCCAUUUAAACAGAUCCUUUCCCUAAGCGGGGAACGGAGCUUAAAAAUAAAAAACAGUCCUUUUCCCACGGUCAAACACUUACGACAUUGCCUCAACAAACAUUUGAAUCGGAUAAGCAUGUUUCAAUCCCGUCUGCAGGGAUUCCUUUUUGUCAUGCGCAAAUAUUGGAACGUUCUUGGUGCUGACCAAACAGAAAGAGGGAUCUGGGUACGAGAAAUUGAUAUUCACUAUCGCAAAAGCAAAUUAGCUAUACUGCGUUUGGGUUGUGAAAGUGUCAAACAACUUAAACAUUUCGAGAAAAAAAAAUGUCAUGACAACGUUGUGAGAACCUUGUGACAACCGUCUGAUGUUCAAGUGGUGGUACGACCUGUCGAUACUGCAAAGGCAGCAGUGAUUGGUGGUCAAAUGAACAUUACGACAAUAUGUUGUGACAAAUUUUAAACAGUUCAACCUCUUCUUAACAAGUCGUUACAACGUCUCACAACACCAUUGAGAGGCGGUGUCAAAAAGUCAGAGAAUCUGCUGUCAAAUAUGAUUAUAUAUAAACUAUGAAGCUAAAAGUGGAUACCAUUACUAUCUGAGGAGUGUCACAUCAUUCCUUAUGUUUCCAGUGUCCUGUCCUUGGAUGAGGGUAGAAAUGGACGGCGAGACAGAUCUGUAAGAAAAGUUGUUUGAGGGCGGGCUUAAUUUGUUUAAACAUGUCUUCAAGCAUAGUGCUGUAUCUGUGUUCUUUGUUGUAGGGGUGUUCAAGUGGUGGUAUGACUUGUCCGAUGCUGCAAAGGCAGCAGUGAUUGGUGGACCUCUGUUGGUUAUCUGUAUUCUUGUCAUAUACUGUUGCUGCUGCAGGUCCCGCCCAGGAAAUAGAUGUGCUGUCCUCGCACGCGUUACGCCCGCAGUUUGCCAUACUGCUGUCAUGGCAACAAGCACUAACACCACCGCUCACACGCGACCGCACCGCUCACAUACGACCGCUUGUUAA